GAGCCUGCGAGAAGGCCGCUGGAACCUCCGGGCAGCCAGUGCCGCAUACCCCGCGCGCAGCGAGGGGACACCGCAGACCCCCUGCCCCAAACUUCCAAGUCCGGAGCAGGGGCGAGACGCUGGGCAUCAAGACGGGUGGCAGCCUGUCAGGACGCUGCCCCCCUCCCCGGAGACCGCCACCUCCACCCCGCCUCUGCUGAGUCUCAGCCCCGAUUGCCUUUGGCCGGGGAUGAAGCCCGGAGGCGGUGGCCCCACGGCGGCCCCGGAGUCCGAGCCGGCGGACAGGCCGCUAGUUCUGCCGCGGCCCGGGGCCUGUCCCGCCGACGUGCGGCUCUGCGGCCACCUGCGGAAGCAGAGGUCGCAGCGCCGCCGCUGCUUCGUGCUCCGCGACGACCCGCCGCGCCUCGAGUGCUACGAGAGCGAGAAGUUCCGCGCGGGCCGAGCGCCGCCCAAGCUCAGCGUGAGCCGGGCGGGCGCGUGCACCAUCAGCAAGCGCGUGGACGCGCGCCAGCGCCACCUGAUCGUCCUCUACACGCGCGACCGCAGCCUGGGCGUGGCGGCGGCCUGCGAGGCGGAGCAGCAGGCGUGGUACAGCGCCCCGCUGGAGGCGUGCGCGGCCGCGGGUGGGGCCCGAGCCUGGGGUCCCAGCCUCCACGAGGACCCGGGCGCCUGGAUUCUCGCUGCAUUUCAGGACGUCUGGCCCGCGACCCUGCGGCCCAAGGGACUGGGGCGAACACGAGGCCUGGGCAGCGGCCGCUACCGCCUGUGCCUGGGUUCAGGGGUGCUGAGCCUGCUGCGGAAGCCCAAGGGCAAAGGCUCUGGGGACACCCAGGCUUCGCCUCCGCCGCCCGCCCUGCGCCUGUCCCUGCUCAGUGUGCGCCGUUGCGGCCACGCAGACUCCUUCUUCCUGGAGCUCGGCCGCUCGGCGCCCACGGGUCCCGGGGAGCUGUGGCUACAGGCGCCCGACGCCCUGGUGGCCCAAAGCAUUCACGAGACUGUACUGGCCGCCAUGAAGCGACUCGGGGAGGGCGGUGCCACUGGCAGGGCUGAGCCACUGCCAAGGGAUCCCCCGACCGGCGCUUACGGACCCUCUGCCUCCCAGUCUUCUCCGACCCUGGCCUCGACGGCCCAGUCAAGCGGCGGGAGCCCUCGCGGGGGCCUCAGGGAGAGAAGCAGGAAAACCACCCUCCAGACGCUGGCAACGGCAGCCUCGAACCCCAAGGACUUGGAGCUGGGAGGGGGCUACGUAGCCAUGGGAGCCGGGAGCGACUAUGAGCCCAUGGGGGGUGGCGAAGCGGGUGGCUACAUGGUGAUGGCACCCCCUGGCCUUGCGGCCUCUGCCCACGCAACCGCCCACGACCAGCUCCAAGUUUGCGGAGGCACCGAAUACGUGCCCAUGAGCCGCUUUCUGCCACGGUCCUUGUUCUCCAGCUCCCUGCCCGGUUCCUAUGAGCUCGGGGCUGGGGAGUCUGGACCUUCCCUCCAAGGACCCCGUCGCAGCAUGGCGGAAUGUUGGGGACCAGCAGGGGCUCACCCCUCCUUGCAGCCACCCUCAGAGCUAGCAGGGGAGUACGUGUGCAUCAAGUACGUGGCCCCUGACUACUACACACAAGAACCCCCCAACGGCCGCCUCAACUACGCUGACCUGGGCCUGAUCCCUUCACUGGAGGCUCGAGGCGACCGCAGGAACCCGCAACACAGCUAUGCCCGCAUCGAGUUCCAGAACCUCAGGGAGGCUCUGGUAAGAUGUGGGCAGCUCCGCCCUGUCUAGCUGAGGGAUGGAUGGGGAGGAAGGGAGAGAACAGGGCAAAGUUAUGAAUGCCUUCCUGCCUGCUCCCCUCAACCCCUCUCAAAC